CAGCCGGGCCUAGCUACGCCUGCUGCUCCGGUCGCCGCCGCCGGGGGGAGGCAGCCUCUAGGCCUGCUGCUGCUGCUGCUGCUAAUCACCGGCGUCGCGCGCGGGCGGGCCGGCGCCUGCUCCGAGGCCGGAGGGACCGCCAUGAGCCGCCUGGGCUCGGUGCAGCAGAAGGUGGCCUGCCUGUUCGUGACCCAGGUGAAGGAGGAGCCCUCGGCCAAGAGGGAGCGCCAGGUAUGCGGCGGGGAAGGCAGAGCGAGCCCCGCGCCCGCCGGGGGAAAGCCGGCGGCGGGGAAGAAGAAGCCAGCGCGGCGGCGGCGGCGGGGAAGGAGGGUCGGCAGCUGGGAAAGGAAGGCGCUUCUUCUUCCCCGACUGCCGCCUUGAUCGCCUCGCCUCGUGUUUUCAUCCCACGUGAGGCGGCUAUUAUUAUUAUUAUUAUUAUUAUUAUUAUUAUUGAAGACCCUGCAGCCUGUGCUUCGCAUGCAAGGGCACUUUACCUGCGUGCACCUUUCCUUGUAGGAAUGUCUGCAGGAGCGAAAUGGCCCUGAAUUGUUUUGAGGACGUUUUGGGGCACCUUUCUCUGCUUCCUGGCCCAUGCUAGGGUGGGUCCUUAGUUACUUGGGCAUCAUAUUUGGACUAAGACUUAGCUCGGCUUAGCCUCCCCCCCAAAAAAACAAUAUCCACCCAUCCACCUUGCAUCUCCUCUUUCAGAAAUCCCAUACAGUAUUUCUAGGCCUGCACACAACAUCAGCAGCACCACCCCUCCCUUGGAAUAUGUGAGUCUCAUUUAACGCAACAGGUGUAUCUUAUUUUAUUUUUGCACCUGCUGCUCAAGUAAGCGCUCUGUUUGUCAUUUACAUUGAUCUACCUAAGUGCCAUCAGUAGCUGGAGUGGGUUGGAUAACUUGUGAAGGUGAAGAUCCCUCCCCGCUUUCCCCUCUCGGGUAUAUUUUCACAUUCAGGCUGAACCAUUAUAAUGCACUGAGAGAGUUCCUUAAUAACUUUUCUGUAUUCAGAUGCUAAGAAACAGCAGUAACCGCAAGCCAUCAGAAUACAUCUCACUCUUUCUCUGCUUAAGUUUGAUGGAAGAAAAGGUUACAUUACAAGUUGGAUUUUCAUGGUGUAGUCAUCUUUUAACGAGAUUAUCCCUGUGAUUUCAAAGUAAUAAACAUAGCUACGUACCAUUAUUUUGUUGGUGAUGCGGCUUCUAAUUUCAAACUGAAGCCUUGAGAGCAACUGUUGUUCCCAUGAUAAAUGAUGCAUGGAAUCUUUGUUGCCAUGGAUAUAGUAGCUUUUAAGAUUCUGUAACCCUAGGCUUGAUUCCUUCAAAAUGGAGAACCCUCUCAAAAUGACUCUGAAAUUCAGUAGGAAACGGAGAGUCUACAUUUCAUCCUCUGAAUUGAUGUUGUUAUCAUUGCUUAUGAAAUUUAUAUACCGCUCUUCAUCUAAAUAUCACAGGGCGGUUUACAACAUAGAAAUGAUGGCUGUACAGUGUCUUGGAAUCAAUGUUAUUAAGAAGGAAGGUUGCUGGGUUUGGGGGUAGGGGUGGGGAUGGGGAUGGGGAUGGAGAGCGAAUUCUUGCCUUGAAAAAAGUUAUACUUCCAAAAUACUUUGACACCUAAUUUCUCCUUAGCCUUUUAAAGUGCUGGCCACCGAAACAAUUAAUCCAAAGGCAUUAGAUGCAGAUAUAUACAGUGCGAUCCCAACUGAAAAGGUGGAUGGAACUUGCUGCUACAUAACUACGCACAAAGGUAAUGUGAAAGAGCUCUGUUAAGUAGUCCUUUUUAUAGUGAAAAUAUGCUGUACAUAAUUUAAUGGGCUUUAUCCAUACUGAAUUCAUGGCUAAGGGAAGUGUUGGGCUCCUGUCGAUGGUCAGAGGCUGAAAGGUAGGACACCCUCCUUCAUUUGCCCAGGGUGAUGGAGAUGAGUACAUCAGCCCACACUUUCUUCACCGAUAAGAAGAGUGAUAGCCUGAUGUCACUGUAGCCACCUUGGGCAAGCCAGACCUUGGGCAAUUGGCUUAGUUGCCUCCUUCCAUUUCUCUGUAGUGUUUCCUCCCCCCCCCCCCAUUGAGUGAGCAAGGUCUUCCUCACCACACAUUGAUUGGCAAAAGGGACUGGCUGUUCUCUUCUCCCCCUACACAUGACUCUCACUUGCAGGCAUCUGGGCCCCGUGCUUUCUCUAGAUGCUUUUGUAAGUUUCCUUCCUCUAGGCUAGCGUGGAAGCACGGGGCUACUAUCCCUCUAGUAGGCCAGCAGAAAUUUGUGUAGAUUCGUAACUUUUGUGGGUUUACUUCCAAGACUGUUGUAAGAGCUUAUACGAGCAGCUGCUCCAUGCCAGAGUUAAAAGCAAUAUUCAGUACUUUUGGAGUUGUCUAGAUUUUUGUUUGUUUGUUGUAAGGAACUUCAUGAUAAAUUUUGAUGCCAUUUUGUUCACUAUAGGGCAGCCAUACCUUUGGGCCCGGUUGGAUAGAAAACCAAACAAGCAAGCUGAGAAAAGGUUCAAACGUUUUGUGCACUCAGCAGGCGACUCAAAAGGUUGGUAGCUGGAGGGUUUUUUGGUAAUCAAGAGCUUAUUUAUUUACCGUAUCUUUCGCCCUAUAGGACGCACUUUUUCCCCUCCAAAAAUGAAAGGGAAAUGUGUGUGCGUCCUAUGGGGCAAAUGCAGGCUUUCGCUGAAGCCUGGAGAGCGAGAGGGGUCGGUGCGCACCGACCCCUCUCGCUCUCCAGGCUUCAGGAAGCUAUCCGCUAGCCGUGGGAGACGCAGCUCUCCCACGGCUAGCGGAGAUCUUGCCGGCACCCAGAAGCUUGGGGCGUGCUGAGCUCAGCAUGCCCCAAGCUUUGGGCUUCGUGCAGCGCUCCGCUAGCCGUGGGAGAGCUGCGCGACUCCGCGCGGCUCUCCCACGGCUAGCGGAUAGCAGCCUGUUCUGGGGGCUGGGAUCGGGGGAAGCUUGGACUUCCCCCGCCCCAGCCCCGCACCUGGAGGGGAAAUUAAUUUUUUUUUCUUUAUUUCCCCCCCCAAAAACUAGGUGCGUCCUAUGGGCCAGUGCGUCCUAUGGGGCGAAAAAUACGGUAUUUUAAAGAUUUUAUUGGUUUACAAAAGUACAUGUGUUAUCUCUUUUGGUUGGACUGUCUUUCUUACAAAUCAGUUACAUUUGUUGUGAGACAUUAGUGUUGAGUAAAGUAUAAGGUUGAGGAGGAAGAGGAGGAGUGGGAUAGUGAGGCUUAUAUUCUUUUGUAUAGUGUACGUGUGGGGUUUUGUGUCAAUGUCAACUGGGUAGGUUUUCUUUCUAUUUGUUUAUUACAUUUCCUUGGUAGUGAGAUGUAUUGGGGGGCAGGGUGUGGCUGGUUGGCUGUGGUUGGCUGCAGUGGGGUUUGUUUGCAUUGGGGGGUGGCUUGUUGGGUCAGGUAAACCAGAUAGAUUCAUAUGCUGUCAGUAGAUUCUUCUUGUUGUCUUGUUGGGCUGAUAAAGGGGAGCCAUACUAGGGUGAAGUCGUCCUCUUCUAUUUGUCCCUGUGUCAAUUUCAAUUUAUUGGUUAGCUUUUCUAGCAAGGUCGUUUCCCAUACAAUUUGAUACCAUUGGUUCAUUUUUACUCUUGAAAAUUCCCUUCAGUGUCUAACUAUGAGGCUUCUGGCUGCUGAGAGUAGGUGGGUUAUGAACUAUAUAAUGUGAGUGGUCAUUAUGAUCUUGGAAGAUGUUCAGUAGGGCCAAUUCUGGGGUGAGUUCUAAUACCUGUUUAGUUAUUUUGCAUAUCUCUUGUAGGACUGCUGUCCAGAAGGGUUGGAUUUUAGGGCAUUCCCACUACAUCUGGAGGUAUGUGGCUGUGAAGGUGCAGCCUCUCCAACAUCUUGUGAGGUUUCUGGGCAUAUCCGUGCCAGUUUCUGUGGUGUUAAGUACCACCUGUAGAUGAGUUUCAGAGUGAGUUCCCUUCUUUUGGCUGAUACGGACUUAAAGGGAGGUUUAGACCACAUUCUCGACCAUUGUGCGGGGUUUAUUUCAUAGCGUAUGUCAUGCUCCCAUUGUUCUUUGAUUGCAUCAAGGGGGGUUGUGAGAUUUUGGAGCAGUAUAUUAUAUAUUGUGGAUACCAUCCCUUUACUGUGUCCCUCUGCUGUCAGGAGGAGGUUUUUGAAGGUGGUCAAGGGCCUAGUGGCUGUUGAUUCUACUGUUGGAUUAAGAAGGCAUGUAGUUGAUGAUGUGUUAGCCAAGUUAUUUGGGUGUCCUCUAGUUUGUCCUCUAUUUCUUGUGUUGGUAUGGGUUUGCUGUUGUAGAAGUCUUUUUGACAGUGUUGGCCUUUAGCUAGCCUGGUUUUUAUCUGGAGGUUUUGUGCUGCAUGUUGGAAUAGUGGGUGAUAGGCCAGGGGGGCUAGUGGGGAUGGGAAUAGUUUGCCUACUUUUCCAUUCCAUGCUUUAAGCAUGCACUGUUCAGUGUUGUGGAGAUUUUCUUUAGUUUGUUUUGGAGAAAUGGGGAUGCUGUUGUGGGGAUGCUUUUGAUGGUUUCUCUCUUCAAGUGGACCCAUUGUUUCGUCUCAUCUUCUAGAAUAUACUGGAUUAUGUGGUGUACUUGGUUGGCGAUGUAAUAUGAUUCUAUUUUGGGGAUUCCCCAUCCUCCUUCUGAGGUGGGGACGCACAGGUAUUUGGGGCUUAUUUUUGGCUUUUUGUAUGAGAAAAUAAACGAGUGUAGUUUUUUUCUGCCACUUCUGGAGUUGGGCUGGGGGAAUCCAGAUUUGGAGGGUUUGGAAUAAAUAGAUUAAUUUUGGGAGGGUGAUCAUUUUGAUCAUGGCUAUUUUGUUUGAGAAGGUGAAGUUGGUAUUGUUCCAUUUCCUCAAGUCUCUUUUGAUUUGCCACCAUGUGCACGUGCUCCUUGCUUCUUGUUGACUGGAAUAUCAACAUUUUUAGGAGGAAUGUAGGAGGGUUCAAAAAGUAAAUGCUUCUAAAUAGGUGGGGCUGCCUUUAAAAGGUGACUUGGAAGCUGCAAUUAAUCCAGAAUGCAGCAGCUAGACUGGUGACUGGGAGCGGCCACCGGGACCACAUAACACUGGUCCUAAAUGAUCUACAUUAGCUCCCAGUACAUUUCCAAGCACAAUUCAGAGUGUUGGUGUUGACAUUUAAAGCCCUACAAGACUUCAGCUCUGUAUACCUGAAGGAGCAUCUCCAUGCUCAUCGUUCAGCCCAGACAUGGAGGUCAGUUCUGAGGGCCUUCAACAAGGAACCACACAGGUGGUCUUUUUGGUAGUCACACCUGCCAUGUACAUUGCAUGUACCUCUUGCCAGAUGUCAAAGAGUUAAACAACUGUAUAAUUUUUCGUAGACAUCUGAAGGCAGCCCUGUUUGGGGAAGCCUUUAAUGUUUGAUGUUGCUGCUGCUGCUGCUUUUCCUGCAUUUUUGCUGGAAGUCAUCCAGAGUGAUUGGGGUAAGCCAGUCGGAUGGGUGGGGUAUAAGAAAAAUAAUUAUACAAAUGCAGAAUCAGCAUUUUAAUAUCCUUGAUAAUACUCUUAACAGAGCAGUCCAUACUACUUAAAUUUAUAAAAUCCAUGUAAUCAAUUGCUAUUGCCAGUUUUGUUGGUCUUAGGAUGAAUUGUGUUAAUACUUCUUCAGAAGAUAGAUAACAAGUGUAUUUCAUAUUCUUGCUUCCAGGAUUUACUUGGAAUAUUGAAGACGACUUCAAGCCUGUUCCUGAAUGCUGGAUUCCAACAAAGGAAAUAGAGUACUGCAAUGGAAAACCUUUCCCUGAUGAAAAUGGACAUAUUCCAGGUAGAAAAACAUAGCUGAACACCAGAAAAAUCUGUUCCAAACUUCAGUCAUUUAGAGAUCUUGAAUACUUUAUGUAAUAUUUUAUUAAUUUACUCAUUCAACUGAAAAACAAGCCACCCAGAUAAAUAUUGUAAACAAGUAAGUUGGGAAUUACCAUGUCAAAAGUCAUACUUGCAUGGUGAAUUAGUCCUUGUAUAGCCUAUUUUUUGUUCAGGUAGCUUUAUAUAUCUUGUUUACCUUCACUAUAUUAUUGAGGGACUAAGGUUGAAAUAUCAUGACAGGGCUGAUCUGAAUAACAUGGAUUCUCCAGAUCACACUGAAGUGCAGUAUUGAGACAGAAUUGUUGGAGGCGUUCCCUAGUGAACAAUAUAAAUUUGGAUAUAUGCAAGAACUCAGUGUCCGAUUAGAGAUUAUUUUUUAACCAUUGGUUUUUCAUAUUUGAGCAAUAUUAAUGUUCAUAUCACAUGUAAUAUUUUUAUAAACAAUGGAGCCAACCUAAAUAGGGGGAAAAUAUUGUUUUGUUUUUUUACAGGCUGGGUGCCAGUGGAACAAAACAGCAAACAAUAUUGUUGGCAUACCUCUGUUGUUGACUAUGAAUUUGAACUAGCGCUCAUUCUGAAGAAUCACACUGAGGAACCUGGUCUUCUGGAAAUUAGUCUAGUGCCCUUAUCAGAUCUCUCAGAACAAACUCUGGAGCUUAUUGGAACGAGCAUUAAUGCAAAUCCAUAUGGUAAGCAUAUCUUAUAUUCAUCAACAAGAUAUUUUUCUGAGAGCUUUAUAUCAGGCACUGGCAAUAAACACUGUGUACGAUUAUUGCAAACACAAUCUUUUAAGAAUUACAAUACACAGCAAAACCUUUGGCAAACAAACAUAAUAUGCAGCUUGCUUGAAGUGUUUACAACUAAACAAAUAACAAAUAAAAGCAUCAUGUUGAUAAAGCCUAGAGCAGUGGUCGGCUGAGCUGCAGCAAACAGAAGGGUUCCUGUCUGUCUUUAGCUGAAUUGCUCAGACUCUAGAAACAAAAUAUUUGGAAAACGGCUACAAGUAGCAUGGAGCUAUAAAAGCAAAAGCCCAAGGGAGUUGGCUAAGGGAGCAUCAUUGAUGAUUAGGAAAUAAAGGUGGGACUUGGGAACUUCUGUAAUACAAUAAAAUAGUUGAUUGCAUUUGUUUAAUAAUCUUUUAAAUAGGCUUAGGAGACAAGAAACAUCCUAUCCACUUUCUCGUACCACAUGGAACAUUUCAAAUAAAAAAUGCCCCUCCACUGAAUCAUGAUGACAUAUUGUCUUGGUUUGAUGAAAGCAAAGAAGGGAAAAUUGAAGGAAUUGUAUGGCAUUGUGCUGAUGGAAACUUAAUUAAGGUAAUUCUGAAAGAUUUAUUGAAUAACCAACAUCUUGAUUUUAUCUACGAAUGCAAGGCCUUUAGUUCAGUAGCUUCAACAUGCUGCCAAGUUUAUUUUUAAAAAAUUGAGCAAAGAAGAAAAUGGAUUUUCAGCUGCAAUUGAAAGCUUAGUAAAAAAACAAACCACCAAAUUAUGUUAUCAUUUAAUUCCCUAGAAGCACUUUCACAUUAUACAUGAAUGCAUUUCAACAUACCAGUGCUUACAGAAAAAGUUGCAUAGAACAUGCAAAUAUACACAUGUGAAUCCAUAUAAUAUCUUGGUGUUUGCUCAUCAUUCAAUCUAUUUGGCUGUUUAUUUUAGAAGAAAGCCAUGGGAAUGAAAUAUUAAGCCUCCAGAGUCAUUUCCAGAUGUCAGUUUUGAUUUGGUGCAAUUUGUAUCUUCUAUUUUAUGCUUGUAAUGUAAUUUUGGAGAGAAGAAUGGAGUAGCUGUUUCAAAUACAAGUAGGAAAGGAUGAAGCCUUCAAUCAUCAAGAAUUUAAAAACCUGUCUCACUGAUUGAGUAUUAAAAUGUGUCCGUGCAGUUAUUUCAGACUCUGAUCUGGUACUUAGUGCAGUUAGUAAUGUAAUUGUUUUUCUUUUCUUCAUAGCUCCAUCGGCAUCAUCUUGGCUUGUGCUGGCCAAUUGUGGACCCUCAUUUGAUUUCUCAGCCAGUUGUUAUCACCUUUAGUGGUGCCAAAUACAACUAUAAUUUUGAGCCAAAGACACUUUUCCAUUAUUUUUCAAAAUUGGAGGGACAAAGAUUCAAUAGUCUCAGAGAUAUAGUAAGUAACCUGUGACCAAAUUUAUAUAUAUAUAUGUAAGUAGCCAUCUGUGUGAUUGUUCAUUCCUUAGAUAGGGGAUGUCAAAAGGUUUCCAUUGUUGAAAUGCAAUGUAAAUAGUAUUUAGGCAACACAUGCCUCAGUGUGUACAUGUAUAUAUAACAAAUACUGCUGCUUAUUAUGUAGCAGACAAGCCACAAAUAAAAAUCUAUAAACUUUUGAGCAGUUUUUUUUUUUAUUGUGUGGGAAACAUACCUAUUGAAGUGAUGGUUACUGUCAGGGAACUGACAUUGGAGCUAGAGGCGGAGGGAAGGCUCUCAAAUGAUGCUGGAGAAGGGCCCAGCAGGGAGAGAGGCAGCUCAGCAGAUGGGGAAGCAAAUCAGCGCAACACCAGGGAUAAAGGGGGGCAGAUGGGGAAUCGGCGAGAGGGCUCCAGGACUCUUCACCGGACACCAGCGGGGAGAGCACGGGUCCUCCGCUACCCACGCCCUCCCUGCGCAGAAGACUUCUGCGCAGGGAGAGUAGGAGGAGACUUGGCGUCAAACAACUUUUACGUUGGAAAAGGUUUAAGAAACGCCCACUGACGGAUUCUGCUAGCGACUGAGGCAGCCACGAAGUGAAGGGCUGUCCAGACAAAGGUUUAACCAGGCAACAUAGCCAGGAGAGGCGGCAACUUACGCACGAGCAACCCAUACUCAUUACAGUUACAUACCUGAAAUCAUCUGCUUUUUGUUUUAAAUUAUUGUAUAGUUUGUACAUUCAGUUGUGGUAAUGACUAAUUUGUAUGGGUGAAUUUCUUCUAGCAACGUUUAACUGAAAAGCAUAUUUAAAUUUUGCAACAGAUCAAACUAUAAAGUGAAAGAAAAAUUUCCAAAAGGCUUUUUUAAAAAAAAAAACAGAAUGCUUUACUGUCAAACUUUUGAGGAGUAGAACAUUAUUCUUCACUAACUUAGGGUCAAUUGAAUAGCCUCGGGGUAGCUUUCUGUUUAUAUUUUAUACUCUGCUGCAAAUACUGUAGCAAAAAAUACUUGUGUGCAUUAAAUCAAUUCUGAAGAGUUACUGUGUGCAAAUUCAUUGCUGUUUCCUCAAAAAUACAUACAUGUAGUGAUUUUGUUGUUUCCAUAUAUUUUCAAAGGAGC